AUGUGCCCGCCCAGUCGCCCAACCCGUAGCGCAAAGUCGCGGGCGGCCACCAAAAUCACUUCCGCCACCGUCGAGGAAUCCAGCGUCGAGGAGCAGACCAGCGCAAAGAAGGUUACCCGGGCCAGGGGUGGUGCUGUCAAGAAAGAGGUUGUUGUCGAGGAGAAGAAGGCUGUUGUCAAGAAAGUUGCUGCGACAAAGCGCAAAGGAAAGGCUCAAGAAGAAGAUGAUCAAGAAGACAUCGAGAACAAGGACCCCGUUGCCUCAGAAGAAACAAAAAAGCCGGCUCCCAAGAAGCGCAAGACCAAGGCUUCCGAGGAGGAUGCCACUCCCUUGGCGGCCAGGACACCGAUGGAGUCGAUGAAGAGGAAACUAUACAUCGGAGCCCAUGUUAGCAGUGCUGGAGGCGUCCAAAACUCCAUCACCAACGCCCUCCACAUCGGCGCCAACGCCUUCGCCGUCUUCCUCAAGUCCCAACGCAAAUGGGUCUCCCCGCCCCUCGAGCCCUCCGCCGCCUCCUCAUUCCGCGACCUCGCCUCUCUCCACUCCUACUCCGUAGGCGAACACGUCCUCCCGCACGGCUCCUACCUUGUCAACCUGGCCCAAAUCGACAAGACCAAAGCCGACCAAGCCUACGCCAACUUUGUCGACGACCUGCAACGGUGCGCCACGCUGGGCAUCAAACUCUACAAUUUCCACCCGGGCUCCACAGGCGGAGAACCGAUCGAGGAAGCGUGCGCGCGCAUCGCGUCGCAACUAAACCGGGCGCACAAGGAAAAGGGCACAGGCGAGACGGUGACGGUUAUUGAGAACAUGUGCGGCUCCGGCAACGUGAUCGGGUCCCGGUUUGAGGAACUCAAAAUGAUCGUUGAUGGCGUGGAGGACAAGAGCCGCGUGGGCGUGUGCAUCGAUACGUGCCAUGCGUUCGCGGCGGGCCACGAUUUGCGGACGCCAGAAGCUUUCGCAGAGACACUCAAAAGAUUUGACGAGAUCGUCGGCCUCGGUUACUUGAAAGCGUUGCAUCUGAACGACAGCAAAGCCCCCUUUGGGUCGCAUAGAGACUUACACGCCAACAUCGGCACGGGCUUUCUUGGCUUACGAGCGUUUCAUAAUUUGGUGAACUGCGAGGCGGUGCAGAGGUUGCCGAUGGUGUUGGAGACGCCGAUCGAGGAGAAGGGAGCGGAUGGCAAGAUGGUGGAGAACAAGCAGGUUUGGGCGGACGAGAUUAAGCUUUUGGAGAGCCUGGUGGGGAUGGAUGCGGAGAGCGAGGAGUUUAGGAAGAUGGAGGAGGAACUGCAAAAACGGGGCGCGAGUGAACGGGCCAAGAUCCAGGAGCAGGUCGAUAAGAAGGCUGAGAAGGACGCGAAGAAGGCGGAGAAGGAUGCGCUGAAGGGGGCUGCUAGUGGGAAAGGGAAGAAGGGGGCUGUGGCGAAGGGAGGGCCGAUAUCGAGCUUCUUUAAGAAGAAGGAAGUGAAGGAGGAGAGUGAAGAGGAUGACGAGGAGUAA